GUAGCUUUAUUCACAUCCCGGCGCCAACUCUUUCACAAUUCACAACAACAACAACACUGCAUGCAUUUGGGUUUGGAAAUUUUAAAACUAAAAUUAUCCGACAUUUCGGACAGCGUAAGAACAUUAGAUUAGGGAGUACUUAUAUUCCCGUAAACAGCAUGCAGUCACAAACUACAAAUGGAGCAAACGAAUUAAAUAAGAACAAAGAGCAGAGAAACUCCACUGGUUCUACUAACUCUCUGUUGUUGCCCAUUAUUAUAUUCCAUCCUGGAUCAAAACAUUUACGAAUAGGAAUAUCAUCGGAUCCAUCACCCAUCACCGUUUUGCAUGCAGUGGGACGACGAAGAACGAUACAGGACGGGGUCGAUACCUUAAGGAAGGAUAACCUAUUUCCGAAUAAUUACUGCGGAAGGAGAAGAGACGGUCAUAAACCUCCCCCAGAAGUAGAGUCUGCAAGGUUGCAAUUGUGUUACACAUUGCAAACAGCUCUUCGAUCGGAUGGGAAAAGUAGAUUUGCGACACCUACUCAAACCAUUGCUGGGUAUAAUCAACUCUGCAAAGAAGAAUGUCAAGAAUCUGCUGCUGCUGUCACAAAUGUGUUAAAUGUGUGGGAAGAAUAUCCUGAAAUUGACGUGAUUUUUGGAGACGAUAUCUUUAGAGCUAACCCUGAUGGAGACUUUAAUAUUCACUUCCCAUGGAGAAGGGGCCAGCUUAAUGUGCAUUGCCAUAUUGGAGGUUCCCUGUCCUGGGUGAUUAAUGACAUCUGCGAUAUAUGGUCACACUGGGUUAUGAAGGGUUUGCAAAUUCCUUUGGGACAUUUGAAGGGUUACAGAGCCUUGGUGGUACUGCCUACGAUGUUUGAUAGGAACCAUGCCAAAGAAAUUAUGAACAUGAUUCUCAAUACGAUGGGAUUUGCAAGUGCGAUUUUAAUUCAAGAUCACGUUUGUGCCUCGUUCGGAUCUGGACUGUCCACUGCUUUAGUAGUUGACGUUGGAGAUCAGAAAAUUUCAGUUUCUUGCGUUGAAGAUGGAAUUUCUAUUCCACAAUCACGAAUAUUUUUAAAAUAUGGAGGAAUUGAUCUCACCAGUGCAUUACUUCAUUUGAUGAAACAGUCGGCCGUCCCUUUGCCCAUUGACCGCAAGAGUAUUUGGGAUAUUGAAUUUGCCAACAAAAUUAAAGAAAACCUGUGCCACUUGAAUCUAGACCGGUGUGGUCCUGAAGAACAUUUGGUGAUCUGGGAUAAACCGGGUCCAUCACGCGUCGUCGUGAAGCUCCACUUUGGAGAUGAGCUUUUAAUAGUACCGUUGGGCUACUUUAAUCCAGAUUUGCUCAGGGCAUCAAUAGGACUGAAACCAGUAUUGACGUACCGUCAUCAACCGUACAUUCCAGAUGAUCCAUAUGAUGAAGCAUUCAUCAACGACACUUCUCGUAAAGUGAAAGAAUCUGAUGAUGGCGAUGAAGAAUAUAUUGUUGACAGCAAAUUGGAUUUCGCAAUCCACUCAAGCAGUAAAAUUGAGUCACAUAAUCUCUUGGGAAUUGUUCAAGCAAUUAUUCAAAGUAUUGAUUCCAGUGAUUGCAACGAAGAAACAAAGCGUCGUUUAUAUUCCUCUAUUCUACUUGUCGGUGGGGGUUUUAAGUUUCAAGGCUUUGACUCAUGGUUGCAAACCAAAUUGAGUACAACUAUUCCGAAGCUGUUUAGACCAGAUGUGCACGUAAUUAAACAACUCAAGGACAUGGAUCCCUCUUUAACAACGUGGAAAGGUGCCACUAUUUUAGUACAACUUGAAACUUCUACAGAAUUGUGGAUCUCUCAAACUGAGUGGAAUAGAUACGGCUCCAAAAUCCUUCGAGAAAAAUGUCUUUGUAGUUUUUAACAACUCGCGAAAGUAAAGUUACUU